AUGGAGCAAAAGAUAAUUCGAGACAUUAGUCCAGUGGUAUACAUGUGUGCCAGCAUUGGUAAUGCUUUGUUGGGUAAUAUAUUAGGGAACUUUGGCUAUGGUGUUAAUCAGUUGGGUAUAAAAGGAUCUGUAAGCAUUGGAUCUAGUCAGAGUGAUGGGAACCUUGGAUUUCAUGGCAGUGGCUCAGUGAGCCAGUCUAAGUUAGCUGAUUUUGGAUUUGGAGAAAGAAAGCACAGAGGUGAAACUGAUGUUGGAGUUUCUGGUUCAAAUCCAGUUGGUGACACUGGCCUUAGCCACAAUGACAUGAAAGAUGACACACGUUUGUCUGACAUCACUGAACCUCCAGGCUCCUUUGCAGCACACAGUACUCCAGAAAAAGGAUCCCAUAUUCCAGAAGCAACUCCAACGUACUCAGAAACAAAUGAAGUUAUUGGUGAAGCUUCUACCUGGGGUUCCGGAGUGUACAAAGCUUUCAAUGGCUACAUCUUUUCCUUUACUUCUCCAUGCACGUACACCUUCUGUCGUGACUGUGCUGAGUCUGGAGAUUUUCAUAUUGAGAUCAAAAGAAACAACAAGAAUGAGAUUGAAAAAAUUAAAAUUCUGGUUGACGGUAAUGACAUCUCUAUUUCGGGUGACACUAUUUUACUUAAUGAAAAAAGCAUAUCAAUACCUCACAGCAAUAAAAUGAUUCAUAUUAAAAAACAAGGAAAAUAUAAUGUUCUGAAGGGCCGUAGAGGAAUGCUCACCUUAGUCUGGCUUGAAAAUAGCCUCUCACUCACCUUACACAAACAAUAUACCACAUGUGGACUUUGUGGUAACUUCAACACCACCCCAGGUCAAGAUAUCAACGAGCACAUUGCCAAUAGCAAAAUUUCUGGUGAUUGUCCUGAUGCUGUUAGUAAAAGCUAUGAAGUUUGUGAAGAUGGUGAGCAGCAUUGUAACAAAAUUAUCGGCACCUACUUCGAGCAAUGUGGGAAGGUCGCUCCUUUGGCCCAGCAGUAUAAGAGGGUCUGUGUUGAUGAGUACUGUCAUGGUCAUGGGGAUGUGAAUGCUACAUGUAACACUUAUGAAGAACUGUCCCGCCUCUGUGCCUCUGAAGGGCCCAGCACCUUUGAGCACUGGCGAGAUGAUUCUGAUGUUGUUUGUGAAAAGCCCAAAUGCCCAGAGAAACACAUCUACAAAGAAUGCGGCCCCUCAAACCCUCCAACCUGCUCGAAUGUGGCUCCUUUCCAGGACAGUGAGUGUGUGAGUGGAUGCACCUGUCCAGACGGUUAUCUAUUGGAUGAUAUUGGAGGGAAAGGAAAAUGUGUAUUGAAAGAAAAAUGUCCCUGUGAGUCGAGUGGCAACAUCUAUCAGCCAGGAGAAGUCCGGGCAGGGGCCUGUGGCUCCCAGUGCACAUGCCAUGAGGCAAAGUGGUCCUGCACUGAGUCGUUGUGUCCUGGGAGAUGUAAGGUGGAAGGAAGUUUGUUUACCACCUUCGAUGACAACAAAUUCAACCACCCUGGAAACUGUCACUUCUUGGCCAUUCACAAUGAAGAUUUGUCUGUUGGUGUUGAGCUCCACCCAUGUGCAGAGGGUCAGACGGGAACAUGCUUAAAUAGGGUCUCAUUUCUCUUGAAUUCUUCUGCUUCAGGUGGCAAGUUUGUUUUCAACAGUGAUGGGACAGUCACAAACGAUGUGGUUAGAAUUCAAGAUUCUUACAAUUCAGAUGAAGUGCAGAUCUCCAAACCAACUUCCUCAUACUUUCAAGUAGAAACAUACUUAGGAGUGAAAAUGCAAAUUCAAUAUUUCCCUGUGAUGCAACUGUAUGUUUCCGUGCCACCCAACCAAUUCUCAGACACCGUGGGGCUGUGCGGCUCCUACAACAACAAAGCUGAGGACGAUUUCUUGUCCAGUCAGAAUAUAUUGGAGAAGACGUCUCAUGCAUUUGCUAAUUCUUGGGAAAUGGCAGCCUGCCCUAAAGGAACCCCCUCGACAUGCAUCAGUAUAGAAACAGAAAAGUUUGCUGAAAAUAAAUGUGGAAUUCUUCUGGAUUCAAGUGGGCCUUUUGCUUCCUGCCAUUCAGUUGUGAACCCCAAAUUCUAUCACGAGGAAUGCAACAAAUACACUUGUUCUUGUGAAAACAGUCAAGAAUGCCUGUGUACAAUUCUAGACAACUAUGUAAAAGCCUGUGCUGUCAAAGGAGAAAACAUGGCAGGUUGGAGAGCCGGCCUGUGCGAACAAACUUGUCCAAGUGGCCUCGUGUUCAAAUACAAUGUCAAAGCCUGCAAUCGUACUUGCCGAUCCUUGUCACAGAGAGACAGAAGCUGUGAUUUAGAAGAUGUUCCAGUUGAUGGAUGCACUUGUCCUGAUGGAAUGUACAAGGAUAAUGAAGGAAAUUGUGUUCAGAAAUCUCAGUGUGACUGCUAUGUCAAUGAUGAAGUAGUACCACCAGGCAAACUCAUCCAUAUUGAUGACAAUAAAUGUGUCUGCCGAAAUGGAAUGCUCCUUUGUCAGACCCCACUUGAUUUAACUCUACAAAAUUGCACUGGCGGGGCUGAGUAUGUGGACUGCAAGGAUCCGAAGGCACAAAGAAGAUCUGACAAAACAUGUAGCACGCGGAACAUACCCGCUUUUGAUGAUGACCUGCCUUGCAAACGUGGGUGCUAUUGUCCCGUGGGAAUGGUGCGGAACUCUAAAGGGAGAUGUGUGCUUCCAGAUGACUGCCCAUGUUCUUUUGGUGAACAAGAAUACGAACAAGGGAGUGUAACUGCUGUUGGUUGUAAUGAGUGCACUUGCAUUAACGGAUCUUGGAACUGCACACAGAAUGAAUGUCAGACCACCUGCCACAUCUACGGGGAAGGGCAUGUUAGAACUUUUGAUGGAGAAAGUUACAGCUUUGAUGGUCUCUGCCAGUACACAUUUCUUGAGGAUUAUUGUGGUCGAGAAAAUGGUACCUUCCGCAUUCUAACUGAGAGUGUUCCAUGCUGUGAAGAUGGGCUGACAUGCUCCAGAAAAAUCGUGGUUGCUUUUCAGGAUCAUAACAUUGUCUUGCAAGAGGGAAAAGUAACCGCAGUUAAAACCACGGAAAGUAAAGAAUGUGAACUUGCCACCAAAACCUACUCCAUCCACACUGUUGGCCUGUACUUGAUUGUGAAACUUGCAAAUGGAAUAAUCCUGAUUUGGGACAAAUACACAAAGCUAUCUGCUAUUCUGGAUCCACGCUGGCAUGGCCAGGUGUGCGGCCUCUGUGGGAACAACAAUGGCGACCUCAAAGACGACUUCACCACCAGGCACUCCUCGGUGGCUGGCGGCGCCCUGGAGUUUGGGAAUAGUUGGAAAACAAGUCAAGAGUGCUCGAACACGGUCACCCAGAGCUUCCCGUGUGACUCCAACCCAUACUGCAAAGCAUGGGCUGUGAGGAAGUGCGAGAUCCUCCGGGACAGCACCUUCCAGGCCUGCCACAGCAAGGUCGACCCCACCGCCUACUACGAGGCCUGCGUGGAGGAGGCCUGCGCCUGCGACGUGGAGGGCAAGUACCCCGGCUUCUGCACGGCCGUGGCCACGUACGCGGAGGCCUGCAACGCCGCAGGGGUGUGCGUCUCCUGGCGGAAGCCCAGCCUGUGCCCGGUGUACUGUGAUUACUACAACACCCCUGGAGAAUGCAGUUGGCAUUACGAACCCUGUGGUACAGUGAUGGCUAAAACAUGCAAAGAUCGGGUCAUUGGCCAGAAGUUUUCUGCACUUUUAGAAGGUUGUUAUGCCAAGUGCCCAGAAAGUGCGCCCUACCUGGAUGAGAACACCAUGAAGUGCGUGGGUCUGUCGGAAUGCAGCUGCUUCUAUAAUGAUGUUAUACCAGCAGGGGGCGUCGUGCAAGAUGAUUGUGGAAGAACAUGCUAUUGUAUUGCUGGAGAGUUGGAGUGCAAUGCAACUACACUGAUUUCCAGUAGAUCAACUACAGGGACCACAGCAGUGUCUGCAGGUUCCACCGCUGCCCACCCCAGAACCUCUGACAGACCAGCCACAACCUCUGGUAGCAGCAGCUCAGGGACCACGGUGCUGUCUGCAGCCUCCACCACUGCAGGCCCAGGAUCCUCAGCCAGACCAGCUACCACCUCGGCCAGAUACAAAUCAGGCACCACAGGACCAGCAGCUGGUGAAUCUACUGGAGCCCCAAGCAGUGAACCCUCAACAGCUGAGGCCAUAUCAGCAAGAACAGAAGUGCCUACCUCAUCCACACCUAUUGGCAAAGAAUCCAGCACCCUCAGAGAAUCAAGCCCUGGAACUGUGACCCAAGGAAACUCAGGAACAACAGGCCAGUCUGUGGGACGGACUUCAGCAUCAGGCAGGGAGAUCACAGCUGGACCUCCAGGCUCAGAGACCACAGCUGGACCACGAGGCACACAGAGCACAGGUGGACCAUCAGGCAGGGAGACCACAGGUGGACCACCAGGCACUGAGACCACAGCUAGACCAGCAAGCACAGAGACCACAGCUGGAACACGAGACAGGGAGACCACAGCUGGGGUGACCACAGCUGGACCACCAGGCACGCAGAGCACGGCUGGACCACCAGGCACCACAGGACCUGCAGCUGGUGAAACUACUACAACCCCAAGUAAUGAACCCUCAACAGCUGAGGCCACAUCAGCAAGAACAGAAGUGCCUACCUCAUCCACACCUAUUGGCAAAGAAGCCAGCACCCUCAGAGAAUCAAGCCCUGGAACUGUGACCCAAGGAAACUCAGGAACAACAGGCCAGUCUGUGGGACCGACUUCAGCAUCAGGCAGGGAGAUCACAGCUGGACCUCCAGGCUCGGAGACCACAGCUGGACCACAAGGCACACAGAGCACAGGUGGACCACCAGGCAGGGAGACCACAGCUAGACCAGCAAGCACAGAGACCACAGCUGGACCAGCAAGCACAGAGACCACAGCUGGACCACCAGGCAGAGAGACCACAGCUGGGGGAGCACGGUGCUGUCUGCAGCCUCCACCACUUCAGGCCGAGGAUCCUCAGCCAGACCAGCUGCCACUUCUGCUAGCCACAGAUCAGGCACCACAGGACCAGCAGCUGGUGAAACUACUAGAGCCCCAAGCAGUGAACCCUCAACAGCUGAGGCCACAUCAGCAUCAGAGGGUUUCUGUGAGGUUCAGCGUGCUGACAAUAGGGGACACAUGUUUACAGAUCACUGUUUGCUUUUUCAAAUCAGCAAGAACAGAAGUGCCUACCUCACCCACACCUAUUGGCAAAGAAGCCAGCACCCUCAGAGAAUCAAGCCCUGGAACUGUGACCCAAGGAAACUCAGGAACAACAGGCCAGUCUAUGGGACCGACUUCAGCAUCAGGCAGGGAGAUCACAGCUGGACCUCCAGGCUCAGACACCACAGCUGGACCUCGAGGCACACAGAGCACAGCUGGACCAGCAAACAGGGAGACCACAACUGGACCACCAGGCAGAGAGACCACAGCUAGACCAGCAAGCACAGAGACCACAGCUGGAACACCAAGCAAAGAGACCACAGCUGGGGUGACCACAGCUGGACCACCAGGCACGCAGAGCACGGCUGGACCACCAGGGAGCACGGUGCGGUCUGCAGCCUCUACCACGGCAGGCCCAGGAUCCUCAGCCAGACCAGCUGCCACUUCUGCUAGCCACAGAUCAGGUAAGGAAAAGCGAGAGCCAUUGCAUGUGCAGGUUUUUAAGUGCAUGGAUGGUGAACUCUUUCAUUCUCAGUUUAUGGAGCAUGGUGCCAAUGGAAAGAAAUAUGAAGAGACUGGAGUUAAGAAGGGACCAGGCACCACAGGACCAGCAGCUGGUGAAACUACUAGAGCCCCAAGCAGUGAAUCCUCAACAGCUGAGGCCACAUCAGCAAGAACAGAAGUGCCUACCUCACCCACACCUAUUGGCAAAGAAGCCAGCACCCUCAGAGAAUCAAGCCCUGGAACUGUGACCCAAGGAAACUCAGGAACAACAGACAACUCUGUGGGACCAACUUCAGCAUCAGGCAGGGAGAUCACAGCUGGUCCUCCAGGCUCCGAGACCACAGCUGGACCACCAAACACAGAGACCACAGUUGGACCACCAAACACAGAGAGCACAGCUGGACCACCAAAUACAGAGAGCACAGCUGGACCACCAAAUACAGAGAGCACAGCUGGACCACCAGACGGGGAGACCACAGCUAGACCAGCAAGCACAGAGACCACAGCUAGAACACCAGACAGGGAGACCACAGCUAGACCACCAAGAAAGGAGACCACACCUGGAACACCAGGCACUGAGGCCACAGCCGGGGUGACCACAACUGGACCACCAGGCACACAGAGCACAGUUAGAACACCAAGCAAGGAGACCACAGCUGGACCACCAGGCACACAGACUACAGCUGGACCACUAGAACCAGUGGAAGAGCGGGUAGAGUUGCUACUACAAGCAAUAGUGAAAGCACACUUGGAAACACAGAUAGAGAAGAAACAGAAGCAGAGAGGGAAGCAGUGGUAG